GACAAGGAAGUAAUAUGAAAUUAGGCGCUGCCUAUCUGACGGGAAAACCUAGUCAUACAGAAUCUUAUUUCUGCAUUCAUUUUUCUUUUUGAGAUUUUCAGUUGUGACAGUAGAUGUUUAACUAUGAUACUGUAGAACAGUUUUGGAGUGUAUUAUAGAUGUACUCUACACUGACUUAUCAGGAUGUACAUCUGUCAAAACUGGGUCAGUAAAUUAUCAAGGACUUGUGCUUCCACAUGUAUCUAUCAACUAAGAGCCGGACAUUUCCUUGUUCAACAUAACAUAAGACACAGUAGAAAAUUGUUAUCCUAUAAAACUGGAAGUAGACUGGAUACAUCUUGGGGAGCUUCUGUCUUUACCAGACAAGUAGACAGGAGAUCAGAGUUUGUAUGUAGACGGUUCACUACUGUUAAAUCAUCUUCAGGGAAACUGAACAAGAUGGAGUUACAAAAUAUACGCCAAGAUGCGAGGGAUAUUUUUGACGCUGCUGUUAAAUCUGUGUACCCGCCACAGAUGAUCAGGAACGCCCUGACUGUAUCACAGGAUGGAAACACCUUGCAUAUAGAUGGCAAAGAAUAUGAUUUGCGCAAUAAUGUGUAUGUUGUUGGUUUUGGUAAGGCAGUUUCCGGCAUGGCUCGUGCCCUUGAUGACUUGAUUGGAUGCCAUAUUGUUCAAGGAAUCAUCAGUAUACCAUAUGGAUCGCAAAAAGUCUUUACAUCGAUCGGAAAACAGGAUUUGUGUGUUAAGGAAGGCAGCAAGAUUAAGGUAUUUGAGGGAGCAGAGAAUAAUAUGCCAGAUGAGAAUGCACACACUGCUGCCAUGGCGAUUGAAGAACUAGUCCGAAGUCUGGGUGCAGACGAUCUGCUUAUAGUGCUCAUAUCGGGUGGUGGCUCGGCUCUUUUACCAUCACCCAUACCUCCAUUGACACUACAAGAUGAGCUUGAAAUGACGGGGAUAGUGUCACGAAGUGGUGGCUCUAUACAGGACCUGAAUGUGUUACGUCAGAACUUAGAAAGUCUCAAAGGGGGAGGACUAGCACAGAAAGCUAAACCUGCCUCAGUUAUAUCAUUGAUUCUGUCAGAUGUUAUUGAAGAUAAACUAGACAUUAUCAGUAGUGGACCUACAACACCACUCCUUAGUUCUCCAAGACAAUGUUUACAGAUACUGGAAAGGUUAAAGAUCAAGGAUAAGGUUCCUGCAGUAGUAAGAGAUACACUACAAGAAAAAGCCUCCCAGGGAAGAUCUUUAGAAGACAGGUCACCUUACCAACACAAUGUGCAGAGUUUCGAAUCUCAAUGGGAACAUGUCAAGAAUCUGAUAAUUGGAAGUAACUCUAUAGCGACACAAGCUGCAUUUCAGGGUGCUGUAGAGAAGGGUUAUGCACCCAUUAUUUUGACAAAUACUUUGCAGGGGGAGGCACAGGUAACAGCUGCAAUGUUUUCAGAACUCGCCAAGUACGCUAUACUUUCUUUUGGCGAUAUUCCACCCCAUCAGGGUAAGGUAACUCUUUGUGAAACAGAAGUUGGAUUAACAAAAAGAGGAGUUUCAAAAAUGGACUUGAAACGCAUAGAAGAAGCUGCUGAUAAGGCAUACAACAGUCGAACUGGGCUUUGUAUUAUAUGUGGUGGAGAGACGAUUGUGAAUGUAAAGGGAAUGGGAAGAGGAGGACGAAAUCAAGAAAUGGCUCUUGCAUUUGCUAUUGAGUUUGCGAAAACUGUGCAGGAUGAUAGGAGUGGAGUUUUGAAAACUUUCCAUGUAGAAUUUUUGAGCGGAGGAACAGAUGGCCAAGAUGGACCAACUGAUGCUGCAGGCGCAGUCGUUAACAAGAACCUCAUUCCUACAGCAAUUUCUGGGAAACUUAAUCCAAAGGAUUACCUCAACAACAAUGACUCAUAUACACUGUUUAAAUCUAUAAAAGAAAAUAAUUGUUUAAUUAAUUGUGGUCUAACAGGUACAAAUGUGAUGGAUAUUCAGAUUAUGAUUGUUAAAAGCCUUUUGUAGACUACUUCAGGUGCUGCUGUAGAUUUGGUAAUAUUUGCGUACUUGUUUUAGCAUUUCAUGGUAAACAGCCUUAGUCCUAGAGUAGUGUUAAGAAUUUGCAAAAUGUGAGUGUUAUCGGACAUGACGUAGACUGAUAUUCACACACAGAGUUGUAAUUCGAUAUCUUGAACUCACCUACAUCCAAAUUCUGGUCAUCAUGAAGAUAUUUUCAAGUCUCAUCCCGAAAACACAUACACAAAAUACCAUUUUAAGUCAAAUUUCGGUUAUCAGAAAGUAAAAUGCUUGAUCCCUUGGAAUUCAAGGUACUGAGUUUCAACUGUACUUUGAAUUGGCAAGUGACUAUUCGCAAAUAAAAAAAAAACACAUUGCAAAUGUAAACGAGUCUACAUGGACCAAUUGUGUUUAAACAGUUAUCACUUUUUCACACUUAUAUUUAUGUUAUGUAGAGAUUAUAUUGUACAUACCUUUUAAAUAUCAUUUAAUAAAAGCGUAUGCAGUA